AUGAUGGAGAAUUGGGAACACCAGAAGACGACGAACGAAACCGUCACGGAGCAUUUCGAUAAGAUAAAGGCGACCAUGUCGCAAAUCAUGGAGACCUUGGCGCGGAUGGAGGCGAAUCAGCGUUUCAAUUCGGUUCACCGGAACAAUAUCACUUCACCGUCUGGUGUUCGUGAGGUGCGUAAUCCUAAUCAGUCGGAAACUGGGGAAAAUCAGUCGUUAGGUUAUCGGAAAGCUAGUAAUGCUUUAGAAAAUCAGAAUGGUAUGUCAAAGAAAAUUGAGUUUCCAAUUUUCGAUGGAUCAUAUCCGUAUAGCUGGAUUUCGCUCGCGGAAAGGUUUUUUCGUCUGGGAAAUUACAGUGAUGAUGAGCGAUUGGAUUUGUUGUCGAUGAACUUCCAAAGUUCAGUUCUGAAUUGGUUUCAUUUGGAAAUUAAGAGAGAACCUUUUCGUGAUUGGCUGCAAUUCAAGCGACGAAGGAUAGCACGAUUUAGCACAACCAAGAAGCAGUCUCCAUCAGCUGUGAUUCUUAAAAAGGAUUCAGUUUCAGAGAUUGUUCAAGAGUUAAAUCAGUAUGUCUAA